AUGUCACAGGAGCGAAUUAUCUCACCCUCUGCUCGAGUUGCAAAUACUUCUGCACAUACGCCAGACUCCGGGGCCUCUGAUGCAUGUGAAUCGAACUGCAUUGAUUCUGCUGUUUCAUCGGAGUGGACUUUGCGGCUUUGUGCCUGCUCCGCCAUCCUCAUCCAAUUGGAGAAACUCAUCGUCACUCGCCCCAAGCCCGCACCGAAGGAGCUCAAAAUUAUGAUGCCAGAGAGAGAGAACACUGCUGGAAAAAAUUUCGACUGA